UGCCGUCUACGGAACUUCUAUUUACUUUAGUCACCAACAGCUGUACACUGAGAAACCCAAUGAAUAUCAAAAGUUUGCCCGAUAAGCAUCAAUUCCCCAACGCAGUCCGAGUAUUUUCGCCUCGUGUAAUCUACAACUAUUACUUGUACAGUCUCCACAUAUCUGUCAUUUUCAGAUCAACUUGGAGCCUAAAUUGGGCAAAGUAAGAGAAGAUGAAUUCCUCUCUUCGACCUCAGAGACUGCUACCGCGGCUCUCCUCUGCAACCUCCCGAACAACAUCAGGAACUCGGCCUUCAUUCCUCGACCAAAGACCAGGGACAUGCCUCCUUUGCCAGCUCAGACCUCAAAGUACCACUCGUGUACCACGGAUUCAUCAGAUCCAGCUGCCCCGUCGCUUCUCUUCCACAUCUGCCUCCCUCAAUGCUACCACAACCGAUAAUAACGGCACAAUCCAAAAAAUCCCGGACAUCACGAACCACUACACGAUCUUCCCCAAAACCCUCCCAGCAGGGCCACCCCCGAGCUCUCCCUUCCACAUCUCCGUCAGCGACCUGCGACGCGAGUUUCUCCAGCUCCAGGGCACAACCCACCCGGACAAGUACCCCCCGGGUCCAUCGAAACAACAAGCCGAGGCACUCUCAGCCCGCAUCAACGAAGCCUACCGCACGCUGUCCGAUCCGCUCACACGCGCGCAGUACCUCCUCCGCGAGAUGCAUGACAUCGACGUCACAGCCGAGGACGGCGCCGCGCACCAUGCGCUCGACCCGGAGACACUGAUGGAAGUAAUGGAGGUGCAGGAGACGAUCGAAGAAGUUGGCGCCGAACCAGGCGCGGAGUCCACAAUCGCCGAGCUGAAGAAGCAGAACGAAGCUCGUGUAGUAGACUGUGUGGAGAAGCUAGCAAACGCCUUCGAUACCCGCGAUCUGGAGUCCGCAAGACAGGAAUGCGUGCGCCUGCGCUUCUGGUAUAAUAUUGCGCAGGGGUUGAAGGAGUGGGAGCCCGGUCUUACUGAGAUUAGACUGGUGCACUAGGUUUCUACUCGUGUUUUUGGAUUAUCGACCUUUUUGGAUUGGAUACCUAGAUCCUGGAUAUGGCCACGACCCGUCAUGUCUAAACUACUGUGUACGAUACAAUGCUGUCGACGUAAAUACCCUCAUACCAUAGAAGUGUGCUAUAUUUUCAUAUUGAGCUAUUAAAGAGCACAGUUGGAUAUUCUAU